AUGACGCCGUCACCCCAGGUCGAGUUUGUGCUCGUUGCGCCCAAAUUAAACAACGAUGCGACGGCGGAUUGCCUUGCUCCCGAUGCAAACGCUUGGGCCAUGUAUGCAAGCCACGAGCACCAGCGGAUAACGUGGAAACCUCACGACGAACAAUCGCGUCACGAAGACCCCGCGCAUCUCGGUCCCGCGUGCGACGAGAUCCACCCUCGAUGCACUGACUGUCGCCGCUUGAAUCUUCCCUGCCAAUGGCCAUCGUCAUCAAGGAAUUCUACGCCCGCACCUAGUGGAGAUUCACCGGUUUCUUAUGCGACGGACUCGCCGGAUGAAGAUCCGAUGGACAAUGCCGACGGAGAUCCGCUGGCUAUUGACUGGAGCACACCUGAUAACGAUGAGGAGUUUAUCGCCUCACUUUUCCCGCACCCGUUGUCGGGCCAAAGAGCGCGAACGCUAUCGAUUGGGUCGCCGGUAUCUACAAAUCCACACUUGCGGAGCGAAGAAGAUCGUUCGCUGUUUAAUCACUAUAUCCACGUGGUGUCGCGUGCCUUGUCCCGAUCUCAUGAUUCCGAUCGGAACCCAUUCCUGGUCACGCUUCUACCACUUGCUGCCACAUCUGAUACAGUCACUAGUGUGAUCUUGAGUUUGACAUUGGCUCAAGUAAACAACCUGCUCGGCAAAGAGGAUGUCCGAUGUAUAUUUGAAGCAUGUGCAACCGUACUAUUGUUAUGCUUGACCGAGCUAUUCGAUGGAACCUCCAAAGUAUGGAAAUGGCAUCUCAAAGCUGCCAGUGCCAUUCUCAAAUCUCCUGCAUUUCACUCUUUGAUUUCCAGUGAUGAAUGGACAUUUUGCAUCAGCCUGUUCCAUUAUCUGGACUCAAUGUCCACUAUCUCUCGAUGCAAACCUCCACUUUUACACCCAGGCGCCAGCAUGACCGAGCUUACCACCAGCUUUCGACGAAGCAGCGUACCAGAACUCGAACAGGGCCAAUCUACGACGGCUAUCUACGGAAUAUCUCCGACGCUUUUUGAUUAUCUGGGUAUGGUGAAUGUGCUGGCGAACCAUCGAAGUAAACGAGUCGAUGAACUAUCCGAGAUUGGCUUCCGAGCAGCAGCCACCCACGUGGAAACUCGGAUUGACGAAUGGCGCGUGGACCACGACCAGAUGGCGAAAAAGGAGCCAGAUACAGAGUCCGCAACCAUCGCUUUUGAAUGGGCUAUCCGUCUGCGUCUACAUCAGGUAGUAGAAGGAUAUGACCCCCUGCAUAGCUUUGUUGAGAAAGCUAUUGUCAAGAUCUUGGAUGCCGUGCAAGAGAUACCCUAUGCAAGCCGAGUGGAGGGUUGUCUUCUAUUCCCACUUGUCAUUGCGGGAUCUUCCAGUGUGACCAUUGAACGGCGAAUGAUUGUCAAGGAGCGAUUAAUGGUUAUGGAAAAUACUUUGGGAUUCGGCCAUAUCCAGUACGCCCGACAGCUCCUGGAAAAAGUGUGGGAGAGCAACAGCACGUCGGAUUUAAAUUGGGCAUCGGUGAGAUAUAGUCAAUUUCCAGGCGUGGUCUUCAUAUAG